GGAAGGACUUGCAUCUACCGCCUCAGCUCCCACUGCUUCCUCUCUCCAUCUGUGAACAAUAACCCAGAUUUUCUUGUAGUUCCCCAAGUUGUCUUUAACAGUAGAGUGGCUGCUUCUCCAGAUAACCAUGGAGAUAGAGUUUCAUGGAUGGAUGACAGGAGGCUGGAGAAAGAGGUGGAGGCUUUUGAUAAUUUUACUUCUGAGGUUACCCCUGAUAUGGGGAAUGUCCACUUGGUUCGUCCGGUAAACGAAUCUUUGGAAGAGGAUUUGACUCUUGCAACGAAAGACUUGGAACAUCGUGCUGAAAUAUCUUUUCCGAAUGUUGUCACUCAUGAAGAUUUUGGGGUUUCACAGGCUGGGCACAUGAUCUCUAGAACAGAGGACGAUCAACCUAUUUUAGCCGCUAGCAAGGAAAUUGAAAUCGGUAGAUCUUCAAGGCAGCUUAGAAAUAAGGUGGUUCCUCUUGUUGCUACUGAUGGGACAGCAGAGGAUUUCACGGUGAAUGAAAAUGAUGAUAAUGACGAAUCAUUCAAUGGCAAAGAUACACCCAACUUGAAAAACACAUGUCAAACUUCAGAGAAGCUGACAGGUAGUGGACGUAGGAAAGCAGCCGAAGGAUCAGAGACCUUAAACAAGGAACCACCCAAGAAAAAGUUCUCUCAUUCUACCCGAAGAAAUAAGAGAAGAGUGGACAAGGUUUUGCUUGAAACCCCGGAGGAUGAAAUUAAUCCUCGUAAGUUGAUGCUGAAGGACCUAAUCCUGCUUGCAGAAGCCAAGGAACGAUUACUGGUUGCGGAUCCAAAUGCAGCAAAUAAUUCCUCCCCGUAUCAAAGUACUACUUUUACUCAAGAUACUCAUUUUGAGGAAGAAGUCCCCUUUGCUUACGAAGAAGAUCAAGCAGAACGUUUUGUUCAACCUAAACUCAACUACCAUACAUUCAUGAAUAAGACAUCGACUGAACGUUGGUCGAAACAGGAUACUGAUUUGUUUUAUGAGGGCAUUCAGCAGUUUGGGACAGAUUUUACAUUGAUCCAACAACUAUUUCCUGGACGAGCACGAGCUCAGGUUAAGUCGAAAUAUAAAAAGGAAGAACAGCAACAUCCUAAGAGGCUUUUUGAUGCUUUGACUAAUCGCUCCAAGAAUCAUUCUCAUUUUGAGCUGGUUAUUGAGAGGCUACAAAAAUCUGCAGCUGAUGCAGAGGCAGAGCAUGAUUCUGACAGAGAUAAUGAGUCAGUUGGCAUCACAGGCGAGGAAGUGGAGAUCACUCCUAACACAAAUGAAGAAGUAUCGAAGAAGCCUGAUGAAAACGAAACAAACUUUGAGGAGGAAGAAGUGGGCGAAGGUAUGAUGGAAGCAGAGCAGGUGGCUAUUAUGAAUCAUCAAGGUCACAGCCCUGCUAAAUCUCAUCAAGAAAGUGAAGGAGAUGUCUAUGAUAUUUGGAGUGAGUACAAAAGUGAUAUCUAAUAUAAGUAGAUGAUUUAUUGAAGCAUUCUGCAUAUGAUUAUCAUGUCUCCAUUACACAAAAAAAUGGUUGAUUUGUUGUCGCUGCUGGGAUUUGAGUCCAGGUGUCCACGCCCCUAGUAUGAAAUUGUUACCAUCAAGCUACAACUGGUAAUUCUUAGCUUGAUAUUGUAUGUAUAUAUCCUGACAUAAUUCUGUUAUUCUUCGGAAUAUUUGCUGUUUCUCAC